AUGAAACAUCCAUCCAAUGGACUCACAGGCGCUUAUCGUGCCACUGACAAGAACAAAAAGGUUGUUGCUGUUUAUAUAGCAGGGGAGGCUGUUGGUGCCCUUACUCAGACUUUCAUUGGCGACAAGCUUGGGCGCAUUCGGUUCAUGCAGUUCAUGUGUGUGGUGGUCACCGUUGGGACAGCCAUACAGACAGCUUCCGUGAAUAUUGGAAUGUUCCUUGCCGGGCGUGCUUUGGCAGGCUAUGCUGUAGGCGGGCUAGUUGGCACUGUUCCCAUAUACCUCAGUGAAAUUUCUGCGCCGCAUCAACGGGGACUUAUUGGCGGUAUAUCUGGUUGUGGUAUUGCAUUAGGAACUAUGAUGUCUAACUGGGUGGGCUUUGCGUGUUCCUAUGCCCCUUAUGGUCCAGUGCAAUGGCGUCUCCCUCUCAGUAUCCAGAUCCCCUGGGGAAUAAUCUUGUUCGUCGGCCUUGCUACCUUCAUGCCAAACUCCCCUCGUCAACUCCUGCGAAUUGGCAGGGUGGAUGAGGCCCGUGCUGCUUUCCUGAAGAUUCGCCGUGAUUACGACUUAAAUGAGUCUAUCGAGGAAUUUACGGUGAUGAAGGCACAGAUCGAGUACGAGAUGAGGAGAGAAGUUGCUUCCAUCCGUGAGGUCUUCAACCUGUUCAAACAUCGGGCUCUUGUCUCCAUUGCCGUUCAGACUAUGACUAGUCUCACUGGUGUCAAUGUCAUCCAGUAUUAUCAGACAAUCCUAUAUAGAUCUCUGGGUAUCGGCCCGCAGACAAUUCUUGCUUUAACUGCUGUGUAUGGCACCGUUGCUUUUCUCUCAAAUUUUAUCACCACUUUAUACCUUACCGAUCAAUGGGGACGCCGGAAAAUGAUUCUCUCAGGCUUAUCUGGGGUUAUCUUGGUAGAAAUAUACGCUGCAGUCAUGCAAUGGACAUUUCAAAACACAAACAACCACGUUGGAAAGGGGUUUGCCAUCCUGGGAAUCUACCUCUUCGUUGUCAACUAUUAUGGCAUGCUUAACAGCACCACCUGGCUAUAUGGAGCGGAGGUACUACCCGUGUCCCUUAGAAGCAAAGUGAUGGGACUUGCUUCUGCCUCUCACUUUAUAGUUAAUGUUGGCAUUACCGAGGCUGGCCCAAGUGCUUUUGCAAAUAUUAAAGAAAAUUAUUACUACGUUUUUGUUGCCUGCACUCUGCUUUUUCUCAUUGUUGGAUAUUUCUACUUUCCAGAAACCAAACACAAAUCUCUCGAGGAAAUCGCAACUUCAUUUGGUGAUAAGGUUGUGGGUGUUUCUAGUAGUGACUCUGAGACCGAACGAGAAGUAAUGGCGAAACAACCGGCUAUCCAACAUGUCGAGGCGCACUCUGCCGCAUCGACAACCGUCUAA